AUGGCAGCGAUCAUGGCGGGGCGCGGGCAGGGGCUGGUGCAAGAUUUCGAUUUCUUCGUGGUGGUCGAGAAGCCCUCGUACUUCGAUCAGUGGAUCAAUCUGAGAGUCCCCUUCCAGGCGGCGCUCGGUGGCGGAGGGCGGGUCAACCUGCAGGAAGCGGUCCGGGCGGCGGGGCUGGACUGGGAGGGCCGCCUGCACUGCGGGCUGGAUGACGCGCGCAACACCGCGCGGCUGCUUGCUGAGCUCAUGCGGCGCGGGGGUCAAGAUCCCCAUCACCGGCUCGCUGGCGCCGCCGCCGCCGAUGCAGAAGCAGCCGGCUCGCACAAGCCCUUGCGGUGGCUCACCGGCGCUGGCGUCGGCGCCGCCGCUGAUCCAGCAGCAGCCGCCUCGCACAGGCCCUUUCGGUGGCUCGUUUGCGCUGGUGCCGGCGCCGAUCCAGCAGCAGCUGCUGCAGCCUCACAUGAUCAGCCCCUGCGGUGGGCCUCCUCUGCGACGUGCUUGUGCUACUGCGGGCUGGCGAGCAGAGGAGGUGUGAUGCAGGGGAAGGGCUUCUCGGGAUGCGCUAACUGGUCGCCGGCCAUGGGACCCGUGUCCCCCUACUUCGCCUGGAGCAACUGA